UUAUGUCAAUCAAACAUGCCAACAAAAAAUGGCGUCGUCCGAUGAGGAAGACCUAGAAGCUUUGAGAAAUGCUGCCUUAGCAUCUCUGAGACAGAAACAAGCAGCUCAGGAACCUCAGGGAAUUCAAGUCCUAAGUUUGUCAGCAUUACAGUCAGCCAACCAGUAUCAACAGGUAGGGGAACCAGCUCAUCAUCCAGAGGUGGACUAUGGAUAUAACGACUUUGGAGAGGUGCCUUUUGAAUUUAAGCAGGCAGUUUUCCAGCAACAGGCUCGUGGGAGGGGCCGGGGUUUCCACCGUGGCAGGGGAAGGGGCAGAGGAAGGGGAAACUGGUUUCCACCUAAACCUGUCACUCAAAGUGCACUCAUUGUGAUACAGCCCUCUGGUGGCCAGGAGGAGGAACCUAAACUUUUUGAUGCCCCAAAAGAUUCACGCCCAUUUUUAUUGCGUCCGCAAGACAAGUGGGCCUCAACUGAGAGUGGUAGCCAGAGUUCAACUCCAACAAGACCAAAAGAGAAAUCCAAGUUCAGUCGCUACAAUGACGAAUCUGACAGUGAAGAUGAUGAUGAAAUUGUUGGAAGACGAAGAAGAAAAUCUGAAUCUACCAACCCAGCAAACAUGUCAUUAGAAGAUGUGAGUAGUGACACUGAAGUAGAAAUUCAUACUCACCACAAUGACAAUGAUGAUGAACUUCAUGGACAUGUUAAUGAGGUAGAAGUACACUACAAUGCACAAGAUGCAAAUGAUUCUGCAGAAGUGUGUGAAAAAGAUUUAGACUUAAUGGAUGCAGAUGAAAGUGCUGUAGAUAUGUCUCAGAAUAUAACUAUUGAUGAGGUUACUUCUGAUAUAAAUGUGUCUAUUAAUCUAGACACAACUUCUGCAGAGACAAAGAGUAAUCCGGUUAAUUGUGAAGGUCCAACUGUAAAUGAAGAAACAAAACAACUGGGAUAUGCUGAUGGUAAUGCAGUUAAAGAUAGUAUUAUACUGAUACAAAAUAAACUUUUGGAUGGACUUGGUGACCAAGAGUUAGAAUCUGAUAAUACACCAUUAAGAGAUGAACAAACUCCUUUGAGAGAUGAAUUAAGACAAGAUGACAGCAUUUCUUACAGUACUUUUAGCAGAUUCAAUAGAAGAAAUAGAGAUUCUGAUUCUGCUGAGGAAUCUGGAGAAGAGUCUGAUAUUUGUCAGAAAAAUGAACCAAGUAGCAGAGAGAGUUCUGUAAGUAGGGAAAGUACAAGAUCUCAGUCAGAAUCUGGUAAUGAAAGUGCUUGUAGUGAAAGUAUUGUUGAUAGUAUAAAUGAAUUGGAGAAAGAAACUCCAAAACCUCAACAGACAAAUUCUGCCAAGAUAUCUCAAUCACCUCAGGAUAGAAAAUCAUCUUUGCAAUCAUUAAAAUCAUCUAAAUCAUCAGAAGUGUCAUCAUCAUCAGCAUCAUCAUCAUCAUCAUCUGAUUCAGAAUCUGAAUCUUCAUCAUCAUCAUCAUCACCACCAUCAUCUGCUUCAGACAAUGAUUUAUCAGCCACUUCAUCUAGAAGAUUAAAACAAAAACUUCAAAGAAGAGAAUCUAAAAUUGUUAAAAGUAAAUCAAAAUCUCCAGUUGAGAGUAAAAGAAAAUCAAACUUAAGUAGUGAAUCUGAAAAAGUGUCAAAUGAUAAAAUGUUAGAUAGAAGUCACAGAGAUGCAAAGAAUGAGAAAUAUCCCACAUCUGAAAGGAAUAAAAGAGAUUAUAACAUAAAGGACAGAGACAGAAGGGAUUUAAAAAGUUCUGAAAGAAGUUCUAACAAAGAGCAAUUAUCUUACAUGCAGCAUAGAAGACCAGUGAAAGACAGACUGGCAUCAAAUGAUGUGAAAGCUGAUCCAGAAUUCGAUGCAACAAACUACAGAGAUGCAUCUUCAUAUCAGAGAAAUGGUAAAAAAGGAAAACAAAGUAAAAGCAGUAGUGAAUUUGAUAGGAAAAACUAUAAUAGUAGAGAACAUACUAAGGUAGAUAAGGGUAAAUCUAAAGAAAACAUAGAACGAAAUGAUAGAAUUAAGUCAAGAGAUAACAUGGAAAAAACACCUGUAAAGAAGCACAAGGAAAAGGACCAUGACAAAAGGUACUUUGAAGAAAUAGGAAGAUUAAAAUAUGAGGAUGCACACGUGUCUAAAAAGUAUAAUGACAACGAAGGCAGUGAAGUUUCUUCCAGGUUGAAGCACAGUAAAAGUGAAAGUAAACAACAUAGGGCCCAUUCCAUUGAAAGAAAAAGUGAUAAAGUCAGAUCGUCAGAAAAGACAGAUAAAAGAGAUACAAAUGCAAAAUAUAGUAAAAGUGAUUCACUUAUAGUAUCAGGAAAUGCAAAAAAGUCACAAAGCAGUUCAAAGGAAUCACUGCAUCUUAAAAGUAAAGAAAGGCGAAAAUCAGAUGAAAAGUUCAGGCGUAAAAGUAUGGAAGGAAAAUCUAAAGAACAAAAUAGGAAGGAAGAACAAAAAUCUAAAAGGAGGAGUAUAGAAGACAGGCUAAAAAGAAUAGCCAGUGUAACAGAAAAAUUGGGUUCAGAUUCAGACAGUGAUAAGAGUGUUUCUAGUCUAAGUGAUGUAACUAGUGAUUCAGAAACUGAAACAUGGAGGGAUAAGAAACAUGGUGCAUCAAGGAAAACAGCUGAUAUAGAGAUGGAACGAAGACGAAGAGAACUGAAAGAGAGGGAGAAGAGAAGAGAAAUGGAAAGGAACAAAGGAGAGAAAAGACAUGAAAGAGGAGGCGGAGAUGGUGAUGGUAAUCAGAGAGCAAGAUAUAAGGAAAGAGAUUCAAAGGGUACAAAGUAUGGUUCCGAAUUUCAUGAACGACAAAGUUUUAGAAAGGAAGACUACAGAGAUAAGAAGCAGGGAGACAGUGAGAGACAUAGACAGUAUCAAAAGAAAAAUACGGUAUUUUAUGAGGAGAAAAAUGCAGUUCGGAAACAGUUUGAGGAGGAAAGUUCAGACAGUGAUUCUGGUGUUAGAAAAGGGGGUCUGAUAAGUGUAGUGAAAAAUGAAAGAACUAAACAUAGUGAGGGAAUUCCCAGUUUACUUGAUAUCAAUGUCUCAAAACCAAAAUCCGACAAGGAUAGAAAUGUUCAGAAGAAGUUGUCAAGGAAGGAAAGUCUCAUUAUACAUGUGGAUAAAUCUAGUGAUGAGGAGGAUGUGUCAAGUACAAAAUCUAGGAAGAAGAAGGUGAAAAAGAGGAAGAAAUGGAGUAGCUCUGAUGAGGAUGACACCUCCUUGCAACAAGUUGUAAAUGUUACAUUUAAUGAUGAACAAAAAUCAACAAAGAAAACAAAAUCUGUGUAUGAAAGACUUGGUGUUGCAAAAACCAAGAAAACAUCAUCUAAGACACCAACUGGCUCUAACGACGCAGGUGUUAAAAGAUCUCGUGAAGUUAGCAUACCUAGUGGUGGAAAAAGAAUAAAACUCAAUGAUACUGGCAAAUACCCUUCAGAUGACAAAACAAAGAAAAGCAGGCCAGACAAAUCAGGUGAUCCAGAUGAGGUGCUGAAUUUACGUAUACAAAAAAUACAGGAGAAAAAUGCAGAAAUACUCCGACGGAAGAUGGAAAUUGAGCAGGAUAAGGAAAAAUAUGGCUGAAAAAAAAAUUAGUUCAUUAUAAUAUUUGUGUUCCAAGAUUUAAAUAUAUAAUUGCAUAAUAAGAAUUUAAACUGACCAGAGAGUGAGGUAAGUAAAAUGAUUGUUGAAAUAUAAUAGAACAGUGAAUAGAUCGAAGAUUGGCAGGGCUGGUGAACAUUAAGUUCAAAAAGUUUAUAUUAAAGGGAGGUAAUUACAUUUUUGUAACAUUGAUUUUCUUUGUGACAAAAAAAAAAGAUGAAGAGGAUGAAAAGAAGGAGAGAAGAAUUGAAAUGGCAGCAGUGAGACUUAAAAUAGAAUUAUGAAAGAGUUGAAUUUAUUGAUGAACAAUUUAUGUUACUUUAUUUAGUAAAUAGGAAUUUUUUUUGUUUGUUUUUGCUGUAGUAUUUUGUUCUGUUAAUGUACAUCAGUUUGAAUAUGUGUCAAAAAGUAACUAAUGCAUGUAAAUGUAUUUAAGUGCUAUUGUGUUAUAUUGAGUAUUCUUUUGCAUGAUCUUUGAAGUAAUAGACAGAAAUAGAUGCUUUACUACUGAAAUAGAAAAAAAUAUACGGAUUUUUGAUAUCAUAUUUCUUUUGCUGUGAAAUAUUUAAGUAAUACAAUAUCAUAAAUAUCUGACUGAGAUUAAAAAGAAAUGAGGUGUUUUAAAUAUGUUAAUGGCAUACUAGCAUGUAAUAUGAAAUCUAGUUCAUGACAAGGAGUGGAGGACGUGAUUUUAUUGCUUUGUAGAGAAUAUGGCCUGAUAAUGUUUAUGUAAUAUACAUGUAUUAAAAAUGUAUUACGGUCUUAUUUGUGCUCUAGUGCAAGGCAGAGAAUGACAUUUGUGAUAUUUUUACCCGAAAUCUGAAAUAGAAAAUCUGAUUAUGAUAAUAAUUCCACAUCCAAUUCGUAAAAAGUAUUUUUAGCCUGACUUAAUUCAAACAAUAAGAAGAGCUAUUGUAUUCCCUCAGGCAUUGGCAUUUGUGUCACCGUGACACAGUUUGGUUAAGUUUUUACAUGCUGAAACUUCUGAAGGUAUGGGUUGAAACUUAACAAAAUUUAUUUUAGAGCAUAAAAGGAGGUCAAUAUCUCACAGGAAAAACUGGACUUGCCUAACUGUGUUGCCUCAUCAAAUAAAGACAUUACUUCCAUUGUACUUAUCUAAGGCCCAUAUCAUUGACAUGGAUUUUGACAGAGUUAUGGCCCUUUUUUCUACAUUAUCCAGGCUCUUGUUUUACUUUUAGUAUUAUCAAGCACUGAGAAUAGUUGAGCACACUGUCCAACUGAUUCACUUCCUUUAUUAUGGUGGAAUCAAAUAAAGAAUGAUAAUAAAGGUAUGAUAUCCAUUAGACAUGAUUAAAAAAAAAACUGUAACAUAAAUGGGUUUUUAGCUUGUCUGUUCCAAAGAAAAAGUUGGAACUAUUAUAAUCAUUGCAUCAUCAUCAUUGUUGUUGUUGUUGUCAUCAUCAUCUUGCAAAAACUUAAAUGUAGCCAAUAUUAAAUAAUUUCAAAAGUGAUCAAUAUGAAACUUAGAAUACUAGUUUUGCUUAUCAUGUUAGACAAGGGGCAUAAUUCUGAAUGCUAUAUUUUUGCAGUUUUUAAACCUAGAAUUUUUGUCAAAAUUGGUUGCCCCUAACAGAUGAACAUUAACACCACAUAUGUAGCUCUUCUUUAAAACUUAUUCCUACUUUAAUUAAGUGCCCUCUCCCCCUUUUGUCAGAUAUUCAUCAUAUGUAUGACAUUUAUAUUUUCCACUACUGUAUGAAUUCCAUUUAAAG